CUCUGCAGCCCUGGGAGGGGGUAAGAGAGGCUGCAGAAGGGAGGCUGGGACCCUUGAAGCAGAGGGAGGCAGGAGAGAAGUCCUUGGCUGCCGGAUUACUUGGAUCCCAUCUGUCCCCAGAGGAUCGGGAGAACAGCCUCCACCAUGCGUGUGGUCGUGAUUGGGGCAGGAGUGAUCGGACUGUCCACUGCGCUGUGCAUCCACCAGCAUUACCACCGCACCCUGCGGCCCCUGUCCAUCGAGGUGUACGCCGACCGCUUCACUCCCCUCACCACUAGCGAUGGGGCUGCAGGCUUCUGGCAGCCCUACCUCUCAGAGGAACUGCAGGAGAGGGCUUGGAACCAAAAGACCUUUGAAUACCUACUGGGCUACGUCAAUUCUCCAGAAGCCAAGAAAAUGGGUCUAUUCCUCAUCUCAGGCUACAACCUCUUCACCAAAGUUGUCCCGGAUCCCUCCUGGAAGGACACCGUUCUGGGGUUCCGGAAACUGACGCCCCGAGAGCUUGAGCUGUUUCCUGGUUAUAGCUAUGGAUGGUUCAACACAGCAUUGAUCCUGGAGGGCAAGAGCUAUCUGUCUUGGCUUACCCAGAGGUUAACUGAACGGGGAGUCAAGUUCUUCCUGAGAAAAGUCCACUCCUUUGAGGAGGUGGCGAGAGAAGGGGCAGACGUCAUCAUCAAUUGCACUGGGGUGUGGGCCGGGGAACUUCAAGCCGACCCCUUGCUGCAGCCUGGACGAGGACAGAUCCUCAAGGUCUUUGCCCCUUGGGUGAAGCACUUCAUUGUGGCUCAUGACCCAGAUGCUGGAAUGUACAAGGCCCCAUAUAUCAUCCCAGGGAGCCAGACAGUCACCCUGGGUGGCAUCUUUCAAUUGGGGAACUGGAAUGAGAAGAAUGAUUCCCAGGACCACAAUACCAUUUGGGAAGGCUGCUGCCGCUUGGAGCCCACACUUCGGGAUGCAGACAUCAUCAGUACAUGGAGUGGUUUCCGGCCAGUCCGAUCCCAAGUCCGAUUGGAGAGAGAGAAGCUAUCACGUGGGCCCUUUGAGGCAGAGAUCAUUCAUAACUAUGGCCACGGUGGUUAUGGGCUCACCAUCCAUUGGGGCUGUGCACUCGAGGCUGCCAAGCUCUUUGGGCGAAUCCUAGAAGAAAGGAAGCUGCCCAGCAUUCCUCCGUCCCACCUCUGAAGGCGCCUGGAUCUCAGCCUCCAAAGCCAGUCACCCGCCAUCAUUCCGACCCCCUCCCCUUGAUUCAGUUAAUCAACCUGUGGAUUCAGAAGACUUUCUCCCACCCCCUGCCUUAUCUCCAGCCCUUUGUGUCAAGAAGCCUAAACCUGGGAGAAAAAUGAGGAAAGAAGAGGGUUCUCCUGUGAGACAGAAUACAUAGCCCUAGAAUUCCAUGGCUCACCAGGCUCAGCCCUGAAGAUAAGGCUUCUCUUGUGGAUGUUGGGAAGGGCAGAAUGAGGCCUGGCUGGCUGCCUGCCAAAAGAUUUCAUGGGUGAGGAGAGUGUGCAAAGGCAAUCUAGUCCAACCCCUCCUCAUUUUACAGAUAAGAAAACUGAGGCCAGAGAGGUGAAGGUGACUGUUCAAGGUCAUACUAAUAGUGUCAGAUAUGGGACUGACCCUCAGAAUCACAGGAUGUUAGAGCCACAAGGGAGCCUAGAGACCACCUUGUGCAAUGCUCCCAUUUUAGAGGUGAGGAGGCUGAGGCCCUCUGAGCCUAUAGAGGGAAGCUGACUUGCCGAAGGUCACAAAGCUAGUUCUAGAAUGCUAAUGUCUUCACUCCUAGGUUAGGGCACUUAUUACUGGACCCCAGCACACUGGGCUGGUGGGAGGGCAGAUCCAGAAGUCCCAAGCUCUAAAGAAUUGGGAGAGCAGAGAAGUGGAGAGACUCGAGCCAGCAGCAGAGAAGGACCAUCCCAUGCCCUGGAUUUCUGGGGUGCUGAGGCAGCCAACCCAGCAUCCCUCCUAACUCUCCCCUGGUCCUCACUCCCACCCCUGGGAAUAUUACUCCACAUGGAAAUCCUUUAGCAAGAAAAAAACUGACUCACUAAAUAGCCUCCUUAUUUGAGAAUCAGGAAUUAAUGUCUUCUGGCCUUACACCACUGGGGAUGACAAAUGGGAUCCUGAGUGUUUAACCAAAAAAUAAACAUAAGAAAUGAUCCCUU